AUGAUUCGUUUCACUUCUCUUGCACUGGUGUUUGUUUUAUGUGUUGUGUCCACAUAUGCUACGAGAGUUGUAGAUAUUAAAAUCAUCUGCACGGUUGGAUACACUGACACUAAAUAUUGCUUAAAUCUUCUCAAAUCACAGCAAGGUGCAGAUCUACUUGUCAUGGGCCGAUACGUCACAGAUGUGUUACAUACUAAAGUGACCAACACAGUCAAACAUCUCAAGACACUAAUUGAUAAUUAUGAAAAAGAAACUACACCAAAAUCUCAUUACAUAAAAUGUUUGGAAUAUUAUGGUGGGAAGAAUGGUGCUAUAACUAAAUUUGAAGAGAUUGAAAACUCCUUGAAGGCUGGAAAUUACAACGGGACUGAGGUGGCCGUAUACGAUGUCAUGAAGGCUUCUAUUAGUUGUAAUGAUGAUGACAAAACUGGAACGGAAAAAUGUGAAUGGGAUAAUUACUAUGUUUUUAAAAUUGGUGAUAUCAUGAUGACUAUAACAAGUUAUUUGAAUCGGCAAGUUUAG